CCUUUUUCAUCACAUUUGAUGCGGGUCCGCACAUUUGUUUUAUGGGUUGUUUUACCUUUACUUCUAGACCAAACAGGGCAACAUUUCGUGCUUUCACAGCUCCCCCCCCCCCCCCUUCUCUCUCUCUCUCUCUCUCUCUCUCUCUAGAAAACUCUGCUUAUAAAUAAGACACCAACUCUUUCUUCUCUCCUCAAGCAUUCAAAGCUUCAAACAACCACCCGACUUUUCUCUGUACACUCCACCCUCUUUCCAAGCUCUGAUUGCUUUUUACUUUUCGAACCACAAUAUAUUACAAACCCUUUAUUUGGGGAAAGCUAUGGCGGCUGUUGGCAAACUCUCUGCCGCGGCGGCAGUUAUGGUGGUUGUAGCCAUCGUUACGGUUUCAGCCGAUCCUGAUUUGCUUCAAGAUGUUUGCGUCGCCGAUCUUGCUUCCGGAGUGAAGUUGAAUGGAUUUUCAUGCAAGCCGACCUUCAAUGCAUCAGACUUCUUCUUUGAUGGGCUAGCCAAACCAGGCCUAACCAACAACACAAUGGGCUCAAAGGUGACUCCAGCCAAUGUGGAGAAAAUCCCAGGGCUCAACACCCUUGGCGUCUCACUCUCCCGUAUCGACUAUGCACCGGACGGGCUCAACCCUCCCCACACCCACCCACGGGCUACCGAGAUAGUCUUCGUGCUCGACGGGGAAUUGGAUGUGGGUUUUAUCACCACUGCCAAUGUACUUGUUUCCAAAACAAUCAAGACGGGUGAGAUAUUUGUGUUUCCAAGGGGUUUGGUUCAUUUCCAAAAGAACAAUGGGAAGGUUCCGGCGGCUGUUAUUGCCGCCUUCAACAGCCAGUUGCCCGGCACACAGUCCAUUGCUGUAACGCUGUUUGCGGCAACACCCACUGUGCCGGACCACGUGUUGACCAAGGCUUUUCAGGUUGGGACCAAGGAGAUUGAGAAAAUCAAGUCCAGACUUGCACCAAAGUAGGGACAAUAUAUAGAUUGCAUGGGGGAUAUUGUUGUUUCCUUCGUUAUUUAAGUGAUAAAGGAUUCAAUUGAUUAACUUAAGAAUUUCAUUUGUAUGGGAACAUGUCUUAUUCUCCUACUCCAAGAUUUGAAUUUCGUUUGUAUGUGAA